AUGAAAUCCACAGCGAGGGGCUACGGGAUCUUCUCCAAGAGCCUGGACCGGGUGCAGCUUCAGGAGAGGAUGGGGAAGCCGCUUGGCUCCAAAACUGAUUUGCCAGCCAGAAUGGUCUUCAGUGAAGAGGAAAAACUGAAGAUUUCCAAAGACCUCGUUGAUCUCCAGAUUGAGACAAAUAAAAUGAAGGAGCAGUAUGAGACGGAGAACUUUGGACUGAAAAAUAUGAUCCUGGCCCUGGAGAACCGCGUGCUGGAGCUGGAGCUCUGCGGCGAGAAAGUCAGCGGGGAGCGGGACGCCUUACGGGAACGCCUGCAGGCUCUGGAGACCAGUCGGAAGGAGCUGGCGGAUGAGUACAUCAUUUUGAAAAGCAAUUACCUGGCCCUGGGCAAAGAACUGGACCAGGAGGUCAUGAAGAAUGAAGAGCUCAGCCUAGAGCUGCUCAACCUGGCCAAUGCCAGGAGCACCCUUCCUCGCAUGGAGAGCAACCACCACCGCUCCCCUGCCAUGGCCGAUGAAUCCUCUGCCGAGCUGGAAAGAGGGCGAGCAACGGUGCGUCGUCUCUCAGCUCCGAAGGUGAAGCCAGAAGAUGCAGUUGCCUCUGAACACGAGCGGCAAAAGUUGGAAAGAAACUUGCCUGGAAACCAGGAUCACAUAAAAGCGGAGCUUGAAAAACUGCAGAAAACCUGCGACUCGCAGCAGCAGAAGCUGGAAGAGAGAGUCAUCGCCAUGGGGAAGGAGCUGCAGGAGGCAAAGGGAGCAAUCAAGGACACCCAGCACAAGCUGGUGGAGCAGUCAGCGGUGCUGCUCACCUCCCAGAGCCAGCUCCAAGAAGUAGAGGCGGAGAACUCCCGGCUGCAGCUCCGGCUGAAGGAGCUGAACGAGGAAUAUCGCUCCCGGCUCGCGCAGUACAUCAAGGACGUGGCGGACUACAUGGACAGCAAAUCCAGCAACGUAACGGGGCCUAGCAAAGCCCCAGCUGAUCAGGGUCCCAUGAAACGCUUUGUGGACAGCAUGCUGAAGGAUAUCAGGGCUUCCUACAAGUCUCGGGAAGAGCAGCUAGCUGGAGCGGCACGUGGCUACAAGAAACGCAUGAAGAACUUGGUCAAGAAGCAUGAGAACCUGCUGAUUGCUUACGG